AUGGCUGAGACAACAAGGGAUGAAGAUCGGACCGAGGAACACAACCGGAAAGGAGGUAGGAAUGUGAUUCUACUAGAAGAGGCAGACAUAUCAGAAGGUAUUAACGCUUGCUCCAAUAGCCUCUAUGGCAGACUCUUUGCUUCCAAAACCUUCUCAAUUGGAACCAUGGGGAAUGCUUUAAAGGCUAUAUGGGGAAACGCGGAAGGAUUUAGCGUGAGUGACAAAAGGGAUAAUUUCUUCCAAUUCUUUUUUAAUAAAGAAGUGGAUGUCUUGCGUGUUGAACGUGGUUCUCCAUGGCUAUUCAAAGAUUAUGUGCUCCAUGUCAAGAGAUGGAAGGAAGAUCAGAACUGUGAUGAAGAUAUUAUUUCCAAUUUUUCAGUUUGGGUUCAAUUUUGGGGUUUGCCAGAAUCGUUUAAAACCCUCGAAGUUGGACGUAAAUUGGGAGAGAAACUGGGCACAGUGUUGGAGGUAGGUAAAUUUCAGAUGCGAGGCAGAGAAACUAGAAUUGUGAAGACCAAAAUCAAUAUUGAUGUUGCCAGGUAA